AUGUCGCCUGAGCAACUUCAAAUUUUGCUCUCUCAAGUCAGUGCUGAGUUCACCCGCAAGAGCUCCUCCACUUCUGACUCUGCCAACUUCGUCGCACCAGAUCUCGUCGACGACCAGCUGUCGUCGGACGAGCACGGUGCUGACAAGGCUGACGUAGGUCGCGAUUUGCCAUUAGAGCCCGAGGUAGACCCAAUACUAGACGCUGGAUCUGCUGACGGUAACUUGCCUGUCACACUUUCGCCGGCUCUAGAAGCAGCGGACGAUGCGGACGAAAACGUCAGUGGCGAAAGCGAGGCCGACGACGACAGCGGUGACGACGACCGCUCCUUCCCUAGGCGCAAGAAGGGUUCCGUUGCUGCUAUGCAUGGCGGUGCUCCUAACACUACGUCGAAGCGGAAGCGCAAACGCCAGACGAUACGGAAAGAAGUUGUUCAGCCUGUUGACAGAGCCCAGGCUGCAGCUUCUGAUCAGCAGCGCACGGUUGAGUUGCAGCAGGAGACAUUGGCGGGCGUUCGGCGGCAACUGGAGGAGAGUCAGCGGGCGAAUCAAUUGCUCCAGGCAAGCAGGCCGGCCUCAACGUCUUCCGCGCUGCCCGUCAACGUUGCAAGCACUUUGCGAGGCCUCAACGAUCACCGUUCAACUCUGGCGCCUGCAGUCGCACCUGGGGCGGUCGGACGCUCGUUGGCAACCUCCGUGAUUCCUGCGCUGCUCGCGCCAAACGCCUCUCGCUCCCUUGGCACCCCCCUCGCUUAUCCGGGAACCCCAACACCUCGACCAGAUGCUCGUGAACCUUCGACCAAGCUUCCGGAAUCGCUUACCGAGCUCACCUUUUUCACGGCAAAGUGCAACCAAGCGGUUCUCUACUUCGUUGCUGAGGCUCCCCCGAGGGAGAUUAACUUCUGGCCUGAGCCGCAGGAGUUGAGGCAGCAACUCAUCCGUACGUAUCAGCUGGUGAACGUUUCUGAGGAAACGUUCAACCUUGUCAUGAACUCUCACCCGGAACGGGAGAGGAUUCUUAAAGACAAGGUCGGCGAGCGUCGGGGCAACCUCUUCACGCAGGUCAAGACGUGGGCACAUGGGCCAGGCGGGUUCGUCAGGGAAUCGAAGAUUCCCAUGCUGGCUGCUGAGAACAUGGCGCCGGUGCAGCGCCGCAACGUCCAGCAGUGGCACCUUUUCUAUUUCGAUCGUAAGUACUCGGCUCGUUUUAACGUUGCAUGCCCCGAGCACUUCCAGCCGUUUUUUCCUGAGAUCCACAUGUAUUGUGCUUACAUCGAGCUGAUUUCUGUGCUUGCAGCCGUUUAUGGCAGCAAGUGGCACUGCGAUCCUGACACGGGGCGCCCGUUCGCCAACAAGGCGUUUGAUAUGGCGCUCUGCAAGGGACUUGGCGGUCGCAGGUGUAAGACGAUGUUUGCCAAGAUCCCAGUGGUGGCAACGAUUUGCCAUGUGGUUGAAUGGCCCAUGGCAAAUGCGGGGAGCCGUGACACGCCUGCCCUAGAUGGUAGUGACUCGAACAACAGGAGGGAAGUGCAGCUGAAAGUGGGGGUGAUUAUUGAUUGGAUUAAGGAUAGGUUAUCCCGUGGGGAUAAUAUCUAUCGCGACACUGCCCCUGCAGGCUUUCAGAUGGGAGCAAACCCGUUAGUGCGUAUUGUGAUCGCAGGGUUUGAGGACGAGUUUGCUGGGUUGCUGCCAGGAACCCUGUCCCGCCUUUCAAAGGGGUGUGACAGUCCCGCCUCUUCAGGAGUUGUCAAAGCGUCUCACCUCCCUGUGAGCCUCUCACCCCCCUCGUCUCACCUCCCUGUGAGCCUCUCACCUCCCUGCGAGCCUCUCACCACCCUGAACCUAGAGUUUGUCGCCAUUAGAGGCACCCUGCCCGCCAGCAUGGGCAACAUGACCAACCUGCAAGAGCUGACAAUCAGCCGGGUGGAAUCGGGCAGCAUCCCGGCCUCCUUUGGUAACAUGGCCAGCCUGCAAUCACUGAUCAUCAGCGUGAGUGACAACGACUCCACAGGAGCUGCCCUCUCAGGGCCCAUCCCUGAAUCGUUCUCCAACCUCAAGAACCUCAUCUCGCUCGACCUCACCAACAACAACAUUGGGCCGCUCACUGACAGCAUCGGCACCAUCCCCAACCUGGAGUACCUGAGCCUCGACUACACGGGUGUGGGCGGCUCCAUUCCAUCCGGCCUUGGCUUGCUGUCCGAUCUUCAAAUCCUGAGGCUCGAGGGCAACAAUCUGACUGGCACGCUUCCACCCACUCUGGGCGUACCAUAUCUGGACACCCUAAAAUACGAUUCCACCAUUGCCUGCCCUGCCAGAGGCACCCCGUGUGUGGUGGAGCAAAGAGAGUUCAGCAAGUUCUGCACCCCCCCUCCAUCCAACAACACCAACAACACCAACAACACCAACAACACCAACAACACCAGCGCCAACACCAACAACACCAGCGCCAACACCAACAACACCAGCGCCAACACCAACAACACCAGCGCCAACACCAACAAAACCAGCAAUGCGAGCGCCAAUGAGCCAUCCGCCAGCGCGGGGCUGACCGUAGGAGCCAUCGUGGGCAUUGUGGUGGGCGUGCUGCUGCUGGUCGUCUGCGUCGUUGCCACCGUCUUCGUCGUCAUUCGCUGCAGAAAGAAAAUUGAAGCCGCAGCCCCUCUGGGCACCUAUGCCAAGGACUACGUCAGUUACCAGCCAGAUGCCACUGCAAAGCGCAUCGUCGGCGCUUUAACCUAUCGCUCGUUUUCGUCGAACAUCAUCGUUUCAUUCCCUCUCCUCGUCGGGCCGUCGCCCGUCACCCUACAGCUUCUCGUCGGGCCGUCGCCCGUCGCCCCGCAGCUUCUCGUCGGGCCGUCGCCCGUCGCCCCGCAGCUUCUCGUCGGGCCGUCGCUCGUCGCCCCGCAGCUUCUCGUCGGGCCGUCGCCCGUCACCCCGCAGCUUCUCGUCGGGCCGCCGCCCGUCGCCCAGCAGCUUCACCUUCGGGCUGCCGCCCGUCGCUCCGCAUCUGCACUCCUACCCCCAUCCCUCCCCCCCCCCCCUCCUUUCCCGCAACUACGCAGCCGAGCAGCAGUGUAG